GCAUAAAGUCUCACACUUAAUAUAACUACCAAUACUCCUCACACAACAUAAACACUCUCUUCAGACACAAUGGGCGCGAAGAAGAAGAAUGGCAACAACAAGGAGAACGAAGACAACACCACCACCACCGUCGUCUUGAAGGUCCAAAUGCAUUGCGACGGUUGCGCUUCCAAAAUCAUCAAGCACCUCCGCGCUUUCCAAGGUGUGGAGACGGUGAAGGCGGAGAGCGACGCCGGGAAGGUGACCGUGACCGGGAAAGUGGACCCCACGAAAGUGAGGGACAACCUGGCGGAGAAGAUAAGGAAGAAGGUGGAACUGGUGUCUCCACAGCCCAAGAAGGAGAAAGAGAACGAGAAAGACCCCAAACCCAACAACAAAUCCGAGAACAAAACCCAGGACAAAAAAACCAAGGACAAAGAGGUGGUGACUACAGCGGUUCUGAAAGUGGCACUGCAUUGCCAGGGUUGCCUAGACAGGAUUGGCAAAACUGUGUUGAAAACCAAAGGAGUGCAAGAAAUGGCCAUUGACAAGGAGAAGGAAAUGGUGACUGUGAAGGGGACAAUGGAUGUGAAGGCUCUGGCAGAGAAUCUCAUGGAGAAGCUUAAGAGGAAGGUUGAGGUGGUUCCUCCCCAGAAAGAUAAGGAAGGUGACAACAAGGAAGGUGGUGGUGGUGAGAAAGGAUCAGGGAAGAAGAAGAACAAGGGUGGUGGAGGAGAUAAGAAUGAGAAUAUUGAAGAUGGAAUAGAGAAAAUAGAGCAUAACAGAAUGGAGUAUUUGGCACCACCUGCUUUUGGCUUUGGUUAUGGACCUUAUGGUGGUUAUGGGCAUGGACAUGGGCAUGGCAAUAUCGGUGGGUAUAGCUGUGUGCCAGUGUACCCGGAGCAGAUGCACUUUCACUUGCAUGCACCGGCACCACAAAUGUUCAGUGAUGAGAACCCGAAUGCUUGUUCUGUCAUGUGAGUGAGAGGGUGUCAUUCAACUGGGGUGAUGGAUGAUGAUAAUGAUGGUGGUCUUAGAGAACUAGAUACUAGAGUCUAGAGUGUUUCUUUCUAUUCUUUUUUUUUUCUUCUUAAUUUUGGUUUUUAGGAUUCCACGGGAACUUUUGAGAUGUUUUUGUGUUUAGUGAAGAAAAGGGGGGGGGGGGGGGUGUUUGAAUUUUGAUGUGAUUAGAUAACCAAUACCGUUGAUAUUAUUAUAUUUGGCAAUACCAAUUUCAGAAUUUGUUAUUAGUUGAUGCAUAAUGUAAAUGAUGGAGUAAUAUGGAGUUGGAAAUGGAAUCUACCUCUCACACACCUUGGUCCAAUUUGUUUUUGUUCUAUACUGUGUUGUGUUGUGGAACGAAGAAGUUGCUGCCAAUUUUCCCGAUAA